AUGUCGACUCGCGGACGCGGUCGCGGGCGAGGUAGAGGUAGGAUAGGCACCGUUACUCCUGCUCCCAUAGGGACUGAUCCAGUAGACUUUAUGGCUGCCCUGGGAAAUAUGGCUGCAGCUAUGCAGGCAACAGUUGAGGCAUUGGGUAAUCAGAUAAAUCAGGGUAAUCAUGGGAACAAUAAUGAUGAGGACGGUCCUAUGACGCUUGCUACAUUUCUGAAAGUUCACCCUCCAAUCUUUAGGGGAACCUCAAAUCCCACUGAUGCAGAUAAUUGGAUUCAGGCUAUGGAAAGGGCAUUACAGGCACAACAGGGAACACGACGUAUCCUGCAGCCUGAUGGUGCUGCGAUUCCUUGGGAGGUUUUCCGGACAGAGUUCUAUAAGAAAUACUUUCCUAAUUCAGCCAGAAAUGCCAAGGAACUUGAAUUAAUGCAGUUAAAACAGGGACAGAUGACUGUUGCUGAGUAUACUAGUAAGUUUGAGGAGUUAUGUCGCUUUUCUCGUAUCUGUCAAGGUGCGCCUGAAGAUUUUGCCGAAUGGAAAUGUAUUAAAUAUGAGGGAGGUCUUCGGAGUGAUAUUCUGAGCUUCGUUGCCCCAAUGGAGAUCAGGGUAUUUUCUGAAUUGGUGAAUAAGAGUAGGGUGGCUGAGGAUUGUGUGAGGAAGGCGGCAGCAGAGAAAGGAAGUUUGAGGGUGCCUUUUCAGAGACCUUCAGGAAGGAACUUUGCUCCGAGAGGUAGGAAUUUCAAGCGUGGAGGCUUUGUUCCGCAGCAGACUCAGGGUCAAGGUAAUUAUAGAAGGCCGAAUACUAAUGCUAGUCAAGGAAAAAGGUUUGGAAAGCAGCCACAGCAAGAUCUAAAUUGUCAGAAGUGCGGAAAGUAUCAUCCUGGAGUUCCGUGCAGACUAGGACUUGGAGUGUGCUAUUCCUGUGGACAGCCCAAGCAUAUAGCCAGUAAUUGCCCGGAAAAGAAGAAGUAUGAGACUGGUAGAGUGUAG